AUGGUGGUACUCGAAGAAGAAGAAGUAAUACAGCCGGUGCUGAUGAAUAAUGUUACUGUUUCAGAUGCUGCCCCAGGAGCUGAUGAUGGUGAAAGCAGUGAGGAUUCAUGGCGGAGUGAAGAUGGUGAGCUGAACUGGGUGGUUUUAGGUGUUGUGGAGCAAAACCCUGAAGUCUCAGAUGAAUAUUCAAACUCAGAAGAUGAUGAUGAUGAUGAAGAAGAAGGUCUCAUUGAAAUUGCUAUUCCAUUUCCAGGCAAUGAAACCACUGGUUUGAAUGAAGAACCAAAACAAAAUGUGCAGUCCAAUCCGCAGACUUUCUUGCAAGAACCUAUUUUCCAGGAGCAACACCUUGUGGAACUGUUGGCAGAAAUAAACGAGGAAGAAAAUCUAAUUGAAAUUGACAUUUCAAUGGGUUCUAUCAAAUGUCCAGCAUUUGAAAUUGAAGCUUAA